UCAAUAUAUGAAUUUCCGAUGCUUCGACUUGGCUGCCAUCUGCAAACUUUGCUUAACAAAGGAGGAUUUGCUAGAACAGCAGUGAGGUCUGCAACAAAGGGAAGCAAUCGAUCAAGAUGGCUCAAGAGACAACAAAUGGAUUUUUUCGUGAAAAGGGCUCACAAGGACAACUAUCGCUGUCGGAGUGCUUACAAAUUGAUUGAGCUGGAUGACAAGUUCCACUUCCUUCAACCAGGAAAAGUCGUGAUUGAUUGUGGUGCAAGCCCAGGUUCUUGGACUCAAGUGGCUGUAGACAGAGUGUUACCACACAAAUCUGGUCACCAAUAUGGUGCUGUGAUAGCUGUGGAUUUACUAGAUAUUGAAGACAUCAAUGGAGCAACUAUAUUUUCAAGAUGCGAUUUUACAAGCACAAGUACACAGAAGAGAAUUUUCACAGUGUUGCCUUCGUCUGGUGCUGAUGUUAUAAUGAGUGAUAUGGCUCCAAAUGCCAGUGGAAACCACUCAAUGAAUCAUGAAGCAAUCCUGGGUCUGUGUGAGUCAGCCUUAGAUUUCAGCAAAUCAGUUCUGAAGCCCAGUGGGAUUUUUCUUUGUAAACUAUGGGAUGGAUAUGGUACACAUGAUUUUAUUAGUACAUUGGAAGAAAGUUUUCACCAAGUCCAGAAAUGUAAACCUCGAGCAAGCAGAAAGGAAUCAGCUGAGAUAUAUCUUUAUGCAGAAAACUUUAAAAAAUAAGGAGGAAAACCCAUUGUUUGUAUCUAAGAUAAUACAUUUUAAACCAAGAACUCUAUUCUGUAGUAAGACCUCUUUUGCCACUCACUCAGGUACGAAGGUAUUAUCAUUGGUUCUGUCCCAUUAUCUCUACAGAGUUCAGAACUUACAGUUACAUACUCUUAUGUAGUAUGCACUGAAACUGGUCUCACCAACACACGAGUGAUGAGAGGAAAAAUGGAUGCAAUUGACCACUUUCAUAAAUGGCUGCUGGAUUAAUAUUCUUUGUUUAAAUUUAAAUUAGCCUUUCUGGCCUCAUU